GACGACUUGUUGCCCCUCUGUGGUGGUGGAGAGAAAACGAUCUCUGGACGCGCGUCUGCAGCCUGCCUGCCUGCCUUGCUCACAGUCUUGCUGGUUGGCUCGAUUACCACCUCUGUCCCUCUCCGCCGCUCCAUCGCGAGAGAUUGCUCGCCUGGCUCAGUUCAGAACACACGACGUUUCGAACCGUUUCAUUCUGUUCGUACACUCAUCAUGACCAGCACGACGACCGCCAGUUUCGUUCCCCAACCGGUGAAAGGCCCACCCGACGACCAGAAUAUUUUCCAGGCAUUCGCGCGCCUGGUCACCAAUAUAGUUAUGGUGUUUUACUUCAUCCUCGAAGCCUUCGUCCUAAAGUUUGUGCCCUCAAAGUUACGGUUCAAGAACAUCCAGGACGAAAUUGUGCUCGUGACGGGAGCCGGAUCCGGAAUCGGGAGGCUAAUGGCCACGAAAUUCGCCGACUUAGGAGCUAAAGUUGUCUGCUGGGACAUCAGCAAGGACGGAAUGGAAGAAACGGUCAACGAUAUCAAAAAUAAGGGCGGUAUCGCCUUCUCGUUCGUAUGCAAUGUCGCCGACAGACAAACAGUCUACGCAGUGGCUGACAAAGUUCGUGAUGAAGUUGGUAAGGUGUCCAUCAUCGUUAAUAACGCUGGAAUCGUAUAUGGAAAACGAUUGCUGGAGCUUCAAGACGAGCAAAUCGAGAAGUCGUUCGCUGUCAACUGUCUGGCACAUUAUUGGAUCGUGAAAGCUUUCCUGCCCGACAUGCAAUCCUCGAACCAUGGCCACAUCGUGUCGAUUGCCUCGCUUGCGGGACAAACGGGAGUCAAUCGACUAACUGACUAUUGCGGGACGAAGUUCGCAGCCGUCGGGUUCGCGGAAUCACUAGCUCUGGAGCUCUACCAGGAAGGCUACACCGGUAUCCGAUCCACCGUGGUGUGUCCGUACUUCAUUGACACUGGAAUGUUCCACGGGGUGAACGGAGGAGCUUUCGCUUUCCUAUCGCCGGACUACGUCGCGAGUGAGGUGGUCAAGGGAGUACUUCUGAACAAGGACGUCGUAAUCCUGCCGCCGCAUCUGGUGCCACUCGUGGCUCUCAAACAUUGGUUCCCCGCGUCAGCGUUGGCGUUCUUCGCGAGAGAAACCGGUGUACUCCACUCUAUGGAUUCUUUCAAUCCAGCCCUACGGAACAAGAAGCUCAAUUAAUUCAAUUAAAGUCAUCUUGUAGAUAAGCUUGAUUUCAUCGGAUAUGAGCAUAUAGAUUAGCGAUUUCUGCUCGCUUUGACUCGAAUCGAAGCUAGGUACCAGAAACGUCUUUGAGUUGUGAGAGGAUAAUAAAGUCGUAACUUGGGAAGAUUAA